CCCAGCCCCGUCUUGCACUGGGGUUGUCCUCCAUGCUCUUACCCGCUGCUGCUUUAUGAAUACGCUCCGCUAGUCAUCCAUUCCUUACGACCCACUGUACAUACCGUCAAUGAGCGGUCACUUUGUCCCCGAGCCAGUAUACAUCCAUAACUACUUGCAUCUCGUUGGUGUUGCUAUCUUGUACUAUGACUUCCUCCUCACGUUUGGAGACGAGUACUGGAGGAUAUGGAAGAACCGCAAGACAGUCGCCUCUGGUCUGUUCUUCCUCAACCGAUAUCUCCCUGUAUUUGCCGACAUGGUGGUGAAUUGGGGCAACUUCCAUGAGUUCCCAACAGAAGCAGGUUGCAGGCAUUAUGCGUUUUUCCGUCAAGUUCUCCUGAUCGUGAAUCAGGUCGUUGUCUGCUAUAUUCUCUUCCUGAGAACCUUCGCGCUCUACGGGCGAUCUUGGCGCGUCGGUGGCUCCGUCCUAGGGUUCUCGUUCUCAUUGUUGGGCAUCUCGGUGUGGGCUGUGAUCGGUCAACACGAGGAUGUUGAACUUCGAGGGGGAUGCCAUACAGCCGCGGACCGUAUAACCGCGAUCCGCACUGCCGUCGCAUGGGAAUCUCUCUUCCUCUUUGACUGCACGAUCUUCUCCCUAACGCUUUUUAAAACCCUCCGGGAACGACGUCGUAACCCUGUUGCCUCGGGAAAGCGUGAUAUCGUAUCCCUUGUUAUGAGAGAUGGUACUUUAUACUUCGCGGUGAUGGCGUCAGCAAAUCUGGCGAACACAUUAACCUUCUACUUCCUCGAGCCCCUGCUCCGCGGAUGCCUCUCCACGGCCGCGAGCAGCAUCUCCGUGACGAUGAUGUCCCGGCUCAUGCUCAACCUGCACUCCUCCGCCUUCGCGCGCAACGAGCUCGUCACGACGCGCACGGGCGACACCGCCUCCUCCUCCUCCAACUCCACCACACUCAUGUUCACGUCCCGCAUCUCCAUGCCGCACCUGCUCUCGACGGGCUGGGACCCCGAGGGGUCCCGCCUCCACCGCGAGUCCGCGUACGUGCGCGACCUGCACAGCGCGCGCGACGGCGGGUACAUCGAGGAGGUGUACGAGCUCGCGGACUACCGUGGGGGCCGCGAGGACGAGAGCGGGCACCUGAGGGUGCCGUUGCAGGGGCGCGGAGGAGUGGAGAUCGGGAAGCCCAUCGUCGGGAGGAGGGAGUAUCACGACUAACGACUAAGGGUUAUUGCAGGCACUGUGCUUAUCCAGGUGGACUCCCUUCGUAGUGUGAUUGACGGGUGGUCUGAGAGCUCUUAUAGUAUCCCCUUGCACGGGUCGCUCCUGAAUGUACAUCUUGAACCAUGUAGUUAUAUUCUCAACGAUACCCGUGUUCGCGCAGAGCUCGUAGGACAUCAUGUU